AACAGGAGCCCAGCCAAUUCCGUGAUGGUAGAACGAGCCACGAGGCACGCGAGAUCGAAGAUCUGAAAUUUCUUUGCUUCUCAAUUCAUUGUUGCAUCCAUCUGCACCGGCUAAACGCUGCUGUUUCAUUUUAAUCUCCGCCGACGACUACCUGAAAUUGUCUAAAAUGGUUGGUGGUAGGGGAAUUUACCACUUGUUGAGGGGGAGGCUUCAUUCUCGUAUCGCUGCACCGCCAGCUGUAUCGUCUCUGAUUUCAAAGACGGACCAGGAUGGAGCGGGAUCUGCUGGCGCGAAGUCACUGAGGGCAAUGGCUCUGCUUGGAGCAGGUCUAUCGGGGAUUUUAAGUUUUACAACUAUUGCAGCUGCUGAUGAAGCCGAGCAUGGUUUGGAAUCUCCAAAUUACCCGUGGCCUCACCAAGGCAUUCUUAGUUCAUAUGACCAUGCUUCAAUUCGACGUGGACACCAGGUGUACACACAAGUAUGUGCAUCAUGCCACUCAAUGGGGUUGAUUUCAUAUCGUGAUUUGGUGGGUGUGGCAUAUACAGAAGAGGAAACAAAGGCAAUGGCUGCUGAAAUCGAAGUGGUUGAUGGCCCUAAUGAUGAGGGUGAGAUGUUUACACGCCCUGGAAAAUUAAGUGAUCGGUUUCCUCAACCUUAUGCAAACGAGCAAGCUGCUAGGUUUGCCAAUGGUGGGGCCUACCCUCCAGAUUUAAGUCUUAUUACCAAAGCUCGUCAUAAUGGACAGAACUAUGUGUUUGCACUUUUGACUGGUUAUCGUGAUCCUCCUGCUGGUGUUACAAUUAGGGAAGGCCUGCACUAUAAUCCAUACUUUCCUGGGGGAGCUAUAGCAAUGCCCAAAAUGCUUAAUGAUGGUGCUGUUGAAUACGAAGACGGUACUCCAGCAACCGAGGCCCAGAUGGGAAAGGAUGUUGUCUCAUUUUUGAGUUGGGCUGCAGAACCAGAAAUGGAAGAAAGGAAACUGAUGGGAUUCAAGUGGAUAUUUGUAUUGUCACUGGCCUUGCUUCAAGCUGCUUACUACAGGCGUUUGAGAUGGUCUGUUUUGAAGUCACGUAAGCUUGUUCUUGAUGUGGUCAACUAGAGGCGUUCGCUGUUUCUUCAAGAAACAAAUUUGAAAUUGAAAAAUAAUUGUUUCUGUAAAAGAAUUUGAUAUGAAUUCUUUGUACUAAAAUUGGUACGUGUGCUGUUUUUGGUUCCUACGGCACUGGUUUUCCAUUUUGGAAUUUUGAAGCAAAUAAUAAGGGGAUUAUAUUGCAUUGUAUGCCUUUUCUUA